AUGUCCGGCCUGCCCGACGCCAAUAUUUUGCACCAGAAUGGGUCCCAACCACAACAGCUGAAUUUGAUCUCGUUAUCCGAGGCUGAUCUCGAAGAACUGGGCAAGUUGCCCAUCGAUUCUCUGGACACGAUCCGUUCAAAAUUGGUUCAACUGAUUGAUGCGAUCACGGGAUUUAGAUCACAGUUAGAAACAUCGCCCCUUUCACCUAACGCACUAUCCUAUCCUACUCUAAUAUCAAAGUUUUUGAUUUUGCUAAACCAUACCGAAGCGUUAUCCCAAGCCCUGAAUAUUCCAACUCCUUCUCGGCCGGUCGAUCGGUUCGAACUUCCCUCUGUCAGAGCAGAACGUGAGGAGCGCGAGAAAUGGGAACACGGCCCGGCAAAACUGAGCGUCCUGGGAAAUUUGGCAGCAGUACCUCGUGGGUUAGAAGGGCUCGAAGACGGAAAAGAAUGGAUUGUUGGCGUUCUGACUCGGACUAAAUUGGCUCCUGAAAUCGAGAAAGACGAGCAAGACCUUUUAUCAUUACUUCCUCCGCCACCGGAGAAUGAUUCAAUUCCAACGAUCGGCUUGCUAUUAGAACACGUCAAGAGUCUCACCAAAGCUCAUGAAAAACAUAUUGCAAACUGCCGGACGGCUCUUCACAAAGCUCGUUACGGCCGUGCGACUGAGCCAAUGGAUAUAGAUAUCUCAUCCAAUAACGGAAAUGCUGACGAAGGUGAUGCUAAAUACGAGUGGAAGAUGCGAGUUGAAGUUGACGAUCAGCUGAAAGGAUCCGCUAAGGCGGCACCGACAGAAAUCUCGCCCGCUCAAAAUAUGAUGUUGAAGAAUCUGCUGGGAUUCAUGCGCGACGGCAGGAAAUUCUCAUCUCAUUUAGAGAAAUCUCAAUAA